CUUACUCACUCACUCUCUCUCUCUCUCUUGAAAGCCACCUCAUGGCUCGCGCCUGCGAAGCUCUCCAUCUUCACAGACCGCCGGUGGCUCAGUACCAAGGAAGUUGAUCAGGUUGAUCUUCCUCCAACUGCAAUUAUGUCCUCAGCAAACUACAUGUCUCCCUCUUCCCCAACAGCAACGCCGACAUGGCAUCAGUUUGAGCGGAAGGUUGAUGAGGUGAAGCCGUCCAAAACUGACAUCAAUUAUCUGGUUAUGGACUACCUCAUCACCAAUGGCUACCCCGCUGCGGCGAAGAAAUUCGCGCUCGAGGCCAAUAUCCAACCCAGAGCAGAUAUCGAGGCAAUUCAAGAAAGAGUUGAAAUUCGUACUGCGAUUCAUUCUGGGAAUAUCCAAACCGCCAUUGAGAAGAUCAAUGAGUUCAACCCUCAGAUUUUGGAUGAAAAUCCUCCUCUGCACUUUGCCCUGUUGCGUCUGCAGCUGGUCGAGCUUAUCCGCUCGUGCACUUCCACCCCUGAUGGAGACAUCAGCCCAGCCCUAGAGUUUGCAACCUCGCAGCUCGCUCCACGGGCGCCCACCAACCCUCAAUUCCUGGAAGAUCUCGAACGGACCCUUGCGCUCCUGAUCUUCCCGUCGGAUAAUCUCUCUCCAUCCCUUGCUCCUCUGCUCCAACCCGAGCUCCGUAAAGAUAUUGCCAACCGUGUGAACGAGGCCAUCCUGCAAACCCAGGGUGACUGUAAAGAAGCGCGCCUGCGCAACCUGGUUAAGCUCCGUGCGUGGGCGGAAAACAAGGCCCGCGAGGCUAAGAAGGACAUCCCCGACAAGCUGAGUUUGGGGUUAGGGGACAGUAACUCCAGCUCGUCCAGCACCCACGCCCACAGUAAUCCCGGCACGAGCCAGAAUGGCUCGUCCAACGACACUGUAAUGACCAAUAGUGGGGACGUUGACCCAAUGAUUUCGUGAUCGCCCUGGCGGUGAUGUCUUUGCACGUUAUUCUGUUGGCUGCAGCAUGGAGUUUGGAGCGAUGUCUGUUUGCGGUCUGGGUCUUUAACUUGAGCUUGAAUUCAGUGGUUCAUCAUUCCCUUAGUCCUGAGUUGUAGCUUCCGUGGCCGACGGACUGGCAUGCGAUUCUACUGCUUUACAUUUGCAUGCUUGUCACAAAGUCAUGGCUAUUUUGUCAUGGUGCAUCUGUCUACUGGAAGCCUAUUAGCCGCCUGCUGUAAUUCGACAUACAACGCAGCAUCAGCAUAAGAUGCAAUGCAACUAUACAAGC